AUGUUCAGCAACAACGUAGAGCAACCACCACCAACAGCCAGAAGUGCCAUGCCUGGAAGUAGGGCUACUACAAGAGGAGGCGCUCGAGGUGUUUCCUUUAGGGAACAAGGACACGGAAGUGAGGAAAUCGAAGUGAUGGUACAAACAUUGAACAAACAUUUAAAGAUGAAUCUUACAUUGGUAUCUUUUGAUGAAUUGUCAAGUUCAAAGCCAAGUAGAUUAUUGGAAGUUUUGAAUUCUUUGGUUGGAUAUUUAUCUCCUGAAUAUAAAGCUGAUAUUUCUAAGGAAUCUCCGGAAGUAACGUUCCAAAGAAUUAGUCAAUUUUUAGUAGUAAUAUUGGGCAUGAAAAAUUUGAGACAAGAAAAUCAAAAUGAACUUGCCCAAGGAAUGGUAAAUGGAGAUAGAAAGACUCUCUACCCAAUUCUUUUCAGUAUCUGUUCUAAAAUUGAAGAUAUGCAAAAGAGAGUUUAUUUGGCCAAAUAUAUGGUGGAAAUUAAGGUACCAGAUGAAUUUUUAAUGGAUCAAGAAGUUAGCUCUGUCUUUCAACAAUACAAACAACUUAUUCAAACUUUUAAAACAACUCACCAACAGACAACUGCUCUAAGAGAUUCUACCCAAGAUCCAGAACAGAUCAAACAACGUAUUCUUAAAAUGGAACGUGACAAGGAACAAUUAAAAGUUAAAAGUGAAGAAUUGACUAAAAAGAUGAGAGAAUUAUCUCUUAAUAGAGAAGGUAUCACAAACAGUAAUAAUUUGAGACAAGCCUUUGGUAAAUCUGACGCAUUCUCUCAACAACAAGGUGUUGACAGAUUGGUUUUGUAA